CUAGAAGCGCUUAAAGAUGUUGGUUUUAAAGGAUUUAAUCUCCAAGCUCGAGAAGUAGAAGGAGAUGUUCCUAUUGGUACUUUUAAAAUUACAGAUCCAAACACCAAAGGCUUGGGAUGUCAUAACAUGACGAAUUCAGCAAUAAGUCACACAAAUUCAGAUGUGAAGCAGAAAAUUACAACAACAUGGAUUGCUCCACCUGAUGUUAAAGAUCUUCAGUUUAUUGCAACUGUUGUUCAAGAUCUAGAGAAAUUUUGGGUUGGAAUUCAAAGUAAAACUCUGACACCUGCACGUUCUGAGUCAGUUAAUGGGACAGGAAAAAGUAAAAGGAAGCUUAUGAUAGAACUAGAAUGUAACAAGGUUGGACCUUCUGGUUCCUCUCAGAAGAGCUAUUCAGGGAGUCAGGGCGGAGUAGUCUACACAAUAAGCACGAAUGGAUGUGGUCCUGGUGGUGCUGCUAAUGCAUACAGUCAACAUGCCUGUCUAGAUAGUGCAUCCAGCAAUGGUAUUACCUAUGGCCAGUCUGUCCCUUCAAGCAGUUCAGAUUCCAGUAAGAAGGUAGUGGUCGUUGCCAACAGCAACCCUUUUCCACCUGUGCGUCACACCUACCCCCAGAGUUUGGGAAAUUCUGCUACUAGGAUCAUAAUACAGAGUGGACAAAGACAGCAAAGCAGCAGCAGUUCUUAUGUUCAGGGUUCCCAAGGUAGCCAGUCCUAUGGCCAGGGCUACAGGCCUCAAGGUGGCAGUUCCUAUGGUCAGGUAAGCAUCACUCAGUCACCGGUCACAAGACAGCAGAUGAAAAAGUGCCUGAAAAACUUCCAGGCAUGA